ACGGAAGCCGAAUUGGAGCAGAAGCAGCGCGAGAGCUAAACAUGGCGUGUGCAGAGGAGCGCGAACAGACCCCCGGAGCCCCGCCGCCCAGACUGGCGGAUUUAUUAGAGUCGGGCUGGAAGCUGUACGAGGAGCUGGAGAGGAGCGACGAGCCCACAAACUCCGACUCUGUACAGGUGAAGAUAAAGCGCGGGGUUAAACAGCUGGAGGAGGCGGCGGGGAUGGUGUCUCAGAUCGACCUCUUCAGCCGUAACGAGGAGCUGGACGAGAUCUCCACAGCGGACCUGAAGUUCCUGUUGUUACCCGCGCUCCUGGCGGCGCUGCUGAUGAAGCAGGUGGGCGUGGCUCAGCGGCUGGAGCGUGUGCAGACGGCGCGCGCUCACCUCAUGAACUUCCUCAGGCGCUGUAAAGAUUACAACAUCAGCUCGUUCCACAUGCCCCGAGACGCCCAGGGCGCGCAGGAGGAGACGGCGUCAGGGGCGGAGACGGACACAGCCAGCCCCGCCCACCAAGCCCAGCCUGACCUCAUCGCCAUGGCAACACAGAGACAGGCCAAAAUCGAGAGGUAUAAGCAGCAGAAGCAGACGGAGCAGAAGCUGGCAGAGCUCAGAGCGCUGCUGGACGGAGGCUCUGUGGACGAGGAGGUGACGCGGGAGUUUUAUCUGUUACAGGUGCGCCGGUGGAUCACGCUCGCUCUGGAGGAAGUCGAGUCCAUCGACCAGGAAGUGCAGAUCCUCAGGAUGAUGCCCGCUCUCAAUCAGGCUCCAGUUCAGAAGCCGAGGCGAGCACCAAUGAAGCCCUUCAUCCUCACUAAAGACGCAGCACAGGCCAAAGUGUUUGGUGCAGGGUAUCCCAGUCUUGCCACCAUGACAGUAAAUGACUGGUAUGAACAGCACAGAAGGAGAGGCUGUUUACCUGACCAGGGCAUCCCUCAGAGCACAGCAGGUGUGGAUGCAGAGGAGCGAGAAAAAGAAGAGAAGGAGAGGAAAGAGGAAGAGGAUGAUGAAGAAGCUUUACAGAAGGCCAGAGACUGGGAUAACUGGAAAGAUACACACCGCCGAGGAUACGGCAACCGCCAGAACAUGGGCUAGAACACACACACACACACACACACACACGUGCGCAGUAGAGACACUAUCUGGAGCAACUUAUACACAAUCACUCAAUUACGAAAUAAAACUUUAAUUUGGUUCCUGUGUGUGUGUGUGUGUGUGUGUGAGAGAGAGAGAGAGCAGUUUAGUUUCCUCUAAACCCAGGUGGAUCAUUAGGUAGUGUAACCUCCUCAUCCUGAGAGACAACAUGGACUCGUCCAGCCCCGCCCCCUCAUUAAUAUUACACAGUGGCUCAGAAUAUAAACGAGUAUGCCUGUUAGAGCCCGCCCCCGCGGCGAGGCUGAGAUGCCGUUUGUAAUGCAGUGUUAUGUGACUAAUGAACUAGUGUACAUAUGGAAUAAAGAAACUCUUUUCAUUCAA